AUGCAGUACAUCCAUGGAUCCUGGCAUUCCACCCGAUCCUCCGUCCCGUUCUUGGUAGGAAAAGUUGCAAUUGUGACAGGCGCAGGCUGCCUUGGUGAUGGCAUUGGAAACGGACGUGCGAUCUCGAUUCUCCUCGCCGACGACGGAUGUGAUGUAAUAUGCAUUGAUCUGAAUUUGGAAUGGGCGAAUAAGACAGUUGAGUUUGUGAAUUCCAGGCCAAAUCGUGGUCGAGCACUUGCGAUCCGCGCAGACGUUACGUCGGAGGAAGACUGUCAAGCAGCAGUACAGUACGCAAUUAAAGCCUUCGGUCGGUUGGAUAUUCUGAUUCACAAUGUCGGGAUUAGCGGUGCCGCUGGCACCGCGGUAAAUGUGGAUAUGAUACAGUGGGCAAAAAGCAUGGAAACCAACGUUGCCAGUAUGGUUCAAAUGGCCAAAUAUGCCAUCCCAGAAAUGACCAAAAACAACGAUGAAAUAAAAGGAAGUAUCGUGAACAUGGGAAGCGUUGCUGGACUCAAGGGCGGAACGCCUCACCUCCUAUAUCCCACGGCCAAAGGUGCCAUUGUCAACAUGACGCGUGCCAUGGCCGCCCACCACUCUCCCGAUGGAAUUCGAGUGAACUGUGUAUGCCCUGGGAUGCUUUAUACACCCAUGAUGUAUGGAAACGGCAUGAGCGAAGAAGCCAGAGAAGCCCGCCGAAAGCGGAGUCUGCUUGGUACCGAAGGCAAUGGAUGGGAUUGUGCAGGGGCCGUCGUCUUCCUUGCUGGGCCUCAUGCACGGUGGAUGACUGGCGUAGUUCUCCCUGUGGAUGCUGGAACGACAGCCGCAGUGGGGAUCGGCAUGACGAAAAGUGCCAGUAUCAAUGCAUAG